ACGCCCGCGCGCCGAUCUCUGGAGGGGGUCACUGGCCGCGGGCCGCGGCGGGAAGGCCGCCGCGCCGUCGGCCGCGCAGCGCGCGCGCGCGGCCAUGGACCGGAGCCGCUCCCCACCCGGCUGGCGGCAGCAGGGCGGCGGCGGCUUCCCCGCGCAGUCGAAGGCCGCCCCGGCGUACGGGUCCCCCGGGAUCGCCCGCCAGGGCAGCUAUGAGAUGGGCGGCGAGGAGACUCGCCGCACGCGGCGGUCGGCAGGCCAAACUACUUCCCCGACGGGCGGUGGGCCGGCGCCGACGCCGGCCAGCAGGGCGGCGGCCGGCCGAUGCAGGCCCAGUACCAGCAGGGCAACGGCAUGGGCAUGGGCUCCGUGCCGUCGCUGCCGACCCCGCAGGGCCUGAGGCCGCAGGCCCACGGCAGAGCAGGAGCAGGUACAUUUAUGAUUCUGCCUUUGGGCGCGGCCUCACAGGUGCAGCUCGGGGCGGGCCAGCAGGGCGGCGCCUUCGCGGGGGGGCAGGCGGGCCUGGGCCAGCAGCCGGGCCUGGGCCAGCAGCAGGGCCUGGGCCAGCAGCUCGGCAUAGGCCAGCAGCCCGGCCUGGGACAGCAGCCGGGCCUUGGCAUGGGCGGCCAGCUCGGGGGCUUGCUAGGUGGCCUGGGGCAGCAGCUGCAGGCUGGGGCGAUGGCCGGCCUGGGCCAGCCGGGCCUCAGCCUCGGCGGCCUGGGCCAGCAGCUGCAGGCUGGGGCGAUGGCUGGCCUGUCCGGUGGCCUCGCGCGACCUGGCCUGAUGGGCGGCAAGGGCAUGCCCGUGCUGCCGCGGGAGCACUGCCGCGACUGGGCGGCGAACCGCUGCGCGCACGGAGACAGGUGCCGCUUCUCGCACGACGGCCCCGGGGGCCUGCUGGGGCAGCAGCCGGGCCAGCGGCCGCCGCUCGGGCAGCAGGCGCUGGGCCAGCAGGGGCUCGGAGCGCAGCCCGGCUUCCCCGGGCAGCCCGGCCAGGCAGGCCAGCAGUUCGCGCCGGCGGGGCAAGCUGGGGUGUAUCCGCCGCCGCCGCCGCCCCCGCAGCAGCAUUCCAUGGCGGAAAGUAUCAAGGCCGCGGCGGCGGCCGCCGCCGCGGCCAUGGCCGCGUCCGCGGAGAAGGACGCCGCCGCGGCCAGCGCCGCCGCCGCCAGCGACGCGGGCGCCGCGGCGGAGUUCGGGGCGCGGCUGGACUCGCUGAGGAGCAGAGCGGCCCGGCGUGGACGUCCCGCCCGAGGUGUGGGGCUGGACGCUGCUGGAGGUGGAGGCGUACUUUGCCAGCGGGGGAGCGGUGAGGCCCCGCGCGGCGGAGCGGAAGGCCGCCGCGCCGAGGAGAAGCGCGCCGCCGACGCCGGGGAGUUCGAGGUGGAGGAGGCCCUGCAGAUCCAGAAGCAGCUCCACGAGGGCGUCUCGGACGAGCGGUUCCAGGAGGCCCUGAAGCGGCUGCAGCACAGGCACCCCGAGCGCAAGAAGAAGGGCCACCCCGACAUGCUCGCGUUCUUCGAGGCGUUCGAGGCGCUGGCGCUGUCCGUGUACGCCACGCUGCUGCCCGAGUGGGGCCUCACGCCGGACGGACUGGGACGGCGUCCGCGACAUGGUGGCGAACAUGAAGAGCGCUUUGAUGCACCCGAGGGUGCAGAAGGGCCAGGAGGAGAUCAACGUUUUGAUGGGCCUCCCGAGGAACGCGACGUUCGCGCCACAGGGCAAGGCCGAGGAGGUCUUCGUGUACCGGCCGAGCGGCGACGGGGCCGUGCCCGGCCCCCCGCGGCCGCUGCUGGAGGACGACGACGGGGACGAGGGCCACGAGUUCUUCGUGGAGGACAACGGAGGGACGGGCGAGCUCGAGCGGAGGGGCCCCUCGGCGCUGGACGAGGAGUGCUGGUACCAGGUGCUGGGCAGGCCGGUGGUGAUCCGCGACAGGCGGACGAGAAGGCCAAGAUGGUGGGCCAGGAAGCCGAGCAAGCGGCUGCGGGUGCAGCGCGUCGUGGGCGGCAGGUGGCUCCAGCUCCACCCCGCCGAGCUGGAGAAGCUCGGCGCGCCGGAGGCCUGGGUCCAGCUCACCGGCGAGCCCGAGGGCGGCGGCCCCGCGGUGCCGAUGCUGGAGCGCGUGCGGUGAGGCGCCCAGCCGGCGGGACGCUGAGUCGCCUUGCGAGGGCGCCCUCUGCGACUCCGGGGCGGCCGUGCGAAUUUGUGCUGAAGUCCUAAA